GGAUGGUAAGGCUUCGUUGGCUGUGAUGAAGUUUUGUGCAGAGCGGUAUACAACGGAGAAAACGUUUCAUACGAUUCAAAUCAUUCGUCAUUUCAAAAAGCUCAAACCUGCUGAAGAUAUGAUCAUGGUGCUCAGGUGGAGAAUUGUAGCCAUCAUUACCAUCACUAAAUUAAUCACCUGAUCUGAGGAAAGUCUGCUCUGUUUGCUCUAUGUUCAACCACAGAGACGAUGCUCCACGUACUGUUACACCAUGCCGAAGAAGAGUAACGAAGAAGCGGAGUGGGUUGGAGAUGAAGUGGCUCCAGCAGCGGUAGGAAAGGCUGUAAAGAAGGGGAAAGGUGCUAAAAAAGACAAAAAGAGUUUUUUUGAGGAGCUGGCCACAGAGAAUAAAGAUGAGAAGGUGGUUGAGGCAGCUGCAAAGGACACACACAGUAAACAGCCUCAGAAGAAGAAGAAGGACCGGAGGAAAGGAAAAGGAAAAGGAGCCGGGGAUGAUGAUGACGAGGAUGAAGACGUGAUGCUGAAGCUGAAGAAGCUCUCAGUUCAGGCCAGUGAUGAGGAUGAGGAGGAAGAUGAACCAGUCAACGCUCAGAGCCGAGGAACCAAGAAGAACAAGGCUGGAAACAUCUUUGCUGCUCUCAGUCAGGGUCGGAGUGAUGAAGAGGAGGGUGAGGAUGAAGAGGAGAAACCUGCUGUAAAGGAGGUUGUAAGAGGAAAGAAAAAAGAUAAAUCUAAGCCCAGGAAGGUAAAGGUUGUGUCUGAUGAAGAAGAGCUGGAGAAGGAGGAUGAAGGAGAAGAGAAAAGUACAAAGCAGAACAAAAAGACAGAGACUCAGUCUAAGUCUCCAGACGUGCAGGCUGAAGUUGAGAAGCCAAAGUCUCCAGAUGUGCAGGCUGAAGUUGAGAAGCCAAAGCCAAAGAAGGAGCAGCCGAAGAGAGGAAAACCUGCAGAGAAAACAUACUCUGAUGAAGAGGAGGAAGAGGAAGAGGAAGAGGAGGAGGACGAGGAGAGUGAUGGAGGGGAAAUGAUGAUGAGUGCUGAGGAUACAAUAGCAGCGCAGUCGAAGCAGCAGGAAGAUGACCCGUUUGCUAACCUCAGUAAGAAGGAGAAGAAGAAGAAGAAAAAAAUGAUGGAGUACGAGCGUCAGGUGGCGAGUGUUCGUGCUCAGAACGCUAUGGAGGGAGAUUUCUCCAUCUCUCAGGCUGAGAUGUCGUCGAGACAGGCCAUGCUGGAGAACGCCUCAGAUAUCAAGCUGGAGAGGUUCAGUAUUUCUGCUCAUGGUAAAGAGCUCUUCGUCAAUGCAGACCUUCUGAUCGUCGCAGGAAGAAGAUACGGUCUGGUCGGCCCAAACGGUAAAGGAAAGACCACGUUAUUAAAACACAUCGCCAACAGAGCUCUGAGUAUCCCUCCAAACAUCGAUGUGCUGCUGUGUGAGCAAGAGGUGGUGGCUGAUGACACUCCCGCGGUGCAGGCUGUGUUGAAGGCAGACACUCGUCGUCUGAAGCUGCUGGAGGAGGAGAGACAGUUGCAGGCUCGGCUGGAGAAAGGAGAGGACAACGUGGCUGAGAGGCUGGAGAAGGUGUAUGAGGAGCUGAUGGCCAUCGGGGCAGCAGCGGCAGAGCCUAAGGCUCGGAGGAUCCUGGCUGGUCUGUCAUUCACACCAGAGAUGCAGAACAGACCCACCAAGAGGUUUUCUGGAGGCUGGAGGAUGAGGGUCUCUCUGGCCAGAGCUUUAUUCAUGGAGCCCACUCUGCUGAUGCUGGAUGAGCCCACCAACCACCUGGACCUGAACGCUGUCAUCUGGCUCAACAACUACCUGCAGGGCUGGAAGAAAACUCUGCUCAUAGUUUCUCACGACCAGAGUUUCCUGGACGACGUUUGUACAGACAUCGUCCAUUUAGACUACCAGAAGCUCUACUACUACAGAGGGAACUACCUGACGUUUAAGAAGAUGUAUGUUCAAAAACAGAAGGAGUUACAGAAACAGUACGACAAACAGGAGAAGAAGCUGAAGGAGCUGAAGGCAGGGGGCAAGUCCACCAAACAGGCUGAGAAGCAAACAAAGGAGGCUCUGACCAGGAAGCAGCAGAAGGGGAAGAAGAAAACCGGUCAUGAGGAGGAGAGUCAGGAGGCCACCGAGCUGCUGAAGAGACCCAAAGAGUACACCGUCAAAUUCACCUUCCCCAACCCCCCUCCCCUGUCCCCUCCCAUCCUGGGCCUUCAUUGUGUGGACUUUUGGUACGACCCUGUCAAACCACUCUUCAGAAACGUCGACUUUGGAAUUGACAUGGACUCCAGGAUCUGUAUCGUGGGUCCUAACGGUGUGGGGAAAAGUACGCUGCUGCUGCUGCUCACAGGGAAACUGAACCCUUCUAAAGGAGAGAUGAGGAAGAAUCAUCGUCUGAAAGUGGGCUUCUUUAACCAGCAGUAUGCGGACCAGCUGAACAUGGAGGAGACAGCCACAGAGUACCUUCAGAGGAACUUCAACCUGCCCUAUCAGGACAGCAGGAAGUGCCUUGGCAGGUUUGGACUGGAGAGCCACGCCCACACCAUUCAGAUCUCCAAACUGUCAGGAGGUCAGAAAGCUCGAUGCGUGUUUGCUGAGCUCUCCUGUCGCCAGCCGGAUGUUCUGAUCUUGGAUGAACCCACCAACAAUCUGGACAUAGAGUCGAUCGACGCUCUUUCAGAGGCCAUCAAUGAGUACAAAGGAGCGGUGAUCAUAGUGAGUCACGACGCUCGGCUCAUCACAGAGACUCAGUGUCAGCUGUGGGUGGUGGAGGACCGCAGCAUCAACCAGAUCGACGGAGACUUCGACGACUACAAAAGGGAGGUGCUGGAGUCUCUGGGAGAGACCAUGGUCAACAAGGUCAACCCCUGAUUCCCUCACCUGGUCUCUGGUUCAGACUCUCCUAAUAAGGACUGACAGCAUGUUUUUUCUGUUAAAUAAUAAAACCUGGAUCUGGACUCAAUCAGGUUCUCCAUCUGGAGGUUUCACCUGUAUGAUGUUCUUAUGUGUAUAAACCCAGAGAGAGGACCCACACUAAAGCUGAACCAAUAAUCAAUAAAACAAUAUCAACUGCUGA